CCUCCUAGUGGGAAUAGAGGAAUACACUCGGCCGAGCCAUCCGUACGGUCCAAAACAUCUGUGGCCGAAGCCAAAUUCCCGAACGGGUGUUUUUUCGAUUUUUGUCCGAUAUUGCUAGAUCAAUGUUACUGUUAAUCAAAUACUUUUUCAAAUACAUCAUCGUUAAGUAAGAAAUGCAGAGUACUGUUUUCGGCUCCCCUGCGUAACAAACUGUAAACAUUAGCUAAGCUACAUCGCCGAGGAUCGAAAGAAGCGUGAUAUUUUUAUCGGAAAACGCACGCACUACAGCUGCAAAUUAUGGCCAACUGCUUCCGUACUGUGUCGUUGAAAUGUCGCUCGUUGGGUCGAGUUUAUGUUCCCCGUGUACAAUACGAUACGAGACAUCCGAGCGAGAGCCGGUACAGCACCUGUCACGAGACGCUGGCCAAGCAUAAUUCUAUAGUAUUGUUGCCCGAAGUAACUUCCGUUAUUCCCGAUGCAUUUGGAUUCCGAGGCGUAGUUUCGAUUCAGCACAGUGAAGUGCUGCAACGUAUGACGGAAGAACUGAACCCCAUAAGUUACUGCAGAAAUGAAUGCACUCCAUCAAAGGGUGCAUCCAACGACAACCAACCAACUGAAGAGCAGUUGCAGCGAAUAUACCAUGUGCUCUCGAAUACGCUACCGAAACUGUUUGUGCAACCGCUUGACUAUUCUAUCUACAAUCCAAAUUUAAUAUUCGAAAACAAUAUACGGGGAACACGAACGGUUGGGCUUUACCAUUAUGUAAAACAAAUUGCACUACUGCGGACAGUCGGCCAUCUGAAGUUUGCAUAUGUUACCUUUGAAAUAUUGAAAAUUACCAAGCAUCCUGAAGAUAAUACCGUAAAAAUCCGGUGGCGCAUACGUGGCAUUAGCGCGCUCAAAGUGAUGCUACAGUUCUGGAAAUACAAGCUGUGGAAGUUGAAGGAAAUAUUCAACGACCAGGAAGCCUGGUACGAUGGUUUUUCUGUACUAUACGUAGGCUCCGAUGGACUGAUAUCGAAACACGUAGUUGAUAAGAUUGUGCCCGAUGACGAUACAGUGAAGGUAGCCCCAAAGACAAUAGUAUCACCGAAAUUGGCUCUUGUUGUUGGUGUUACUGCGGAAAUGUACCCGGUCUUGAGUGGUCCGCUUAUCUAAGAGGUGAAAGAAACCUGUGGCUACUAAACGAUCGUAGCCAGUGCAGAAUUUCUAAAGCAGCAUUGUGUAAUAUUUGUUUUUAGAGAUCAUAUUCGUAGAAUCGCAUUCUUACAGUGUAUCAUUGACCUCUGUUCGAUAUUUCAAAAUAUGAAU